AGCAGAGUGUCUCCUAAUGAGGGCUGCACCGGCUCGCUCCACACCCAUAAAAACCCUGGUUGGACGUCAAAGCGGAUUCGUUUCGGUGAUGCUGGGAUAAAGGGGCGCAGCGAGGACUGGCUCCCCCCCUGCCAGCCCAGCCGAGCCCAGCGCCGCGCCGGGAGGGAUGCGGGGCCGGGCACGGGCGCGGGGCCGGGCACGGCUCCUCUCCGCCGCACGAUAAAGAAGCUCGUGGACGGUCUGCGGGGAUGCCGGUGAAGCGAGCGGGCUGCCUCCCCCUCUCUGCCCAGCGCAGGACCACAGGCUGACUGGAAGCUGGCAUGUUGUCCCCUCCAGCCCCUGCUUGGCCACGCGAUGCCCAGCCCUGCCUGCCCUGCCUGCCCUGCCUGUCCUGUCCCUAGCCUUGCUUCCCACCCGUGACACCCCCUGCCCUUCCCCGGGUGUUUCAGAGCGCGGUGACACCGAGCAUGCCGCAGAAAGCCCCGCAGCCGAAGCCCUGAGGAGUUUCCCAGUUAAGAGCAGUUCCCUAAGAGCCAGAGUUGUCCCUUCCCCACCCCGGCGAGGACGAGCAUCUCCGACGGCGGAUCUCUCUGCGCUCAGCGGGUGUCGAGGUCCUGGUCUGCAGGCUCGAGGAGGGGCUGCCAUGGAAGAGAAUGUGUUCAGCGUGCAGCAGAUACAGCCCAACGUCAUCUCGGUGAGGCUCUUCAAGCGCAAGGUGGGCGGCCUCGGCUUCCUGGUGAAGGAGCGCGUCAGCAAACCGCCCGUCAUCAUCUCCGACCUGAUCCGGGGAGGGGCUGCGGAGCAGAGCGGCCUCAUCCAGGCUGGGGACAUCAUCUUGGCCGUCAAUGGCAGGCCCCUGGUGGACAUGAGCUAUGAGACGGCGCUGGAGAUCCUGAGAAGCAUCGCCUCCGAGACCUACGUGGUCCUCAUCCUGCGGGGCCCCGAGGGCUUCACCACUCACCUGGAGACCACCUUCGCGGGCGACGGGACGCCCAAAACCGUCCGUGUCACCAGACCCCUCUGCCCGGCUCCGAGGGCUGUUGACUUGUCCAACCCGAGCCCGCACGGCAAAGAGCAGCCGCAGCCCGAGCGCGCCAUGGGCUCCCUGUGGAGCAGAGAGAUCGGGAGGGAGGUGGAGCCGAUGGUCCACGUUAACGGCGUCGUUACCGGCGGCAAAGGGCAGGACGCCGGGAAGGGCAAGGAGGGGGCUUGUGGCCACCCGUGCCUCAACGGCGGCGUGGAGGACAACGAGCUGCUCAAAGAGAUCGAGCCCGUCCUGGAUCUCCUGAAGAGCAGCAGUAAGGGCAGCGAUGGAGAUGCGCCCUCCAAGGUAGAGACAAGGGAUAUAGAAGUCCAGGUGGACUGUUUCAGGGAAGGGGAAAACAAUCCUCAGAAAGCUUUCCCGGCUCGGAUGGAGAACGACCGUGUCCUGGGCGACCUGUGGGGGAAGAGCAACGUGCCCGUGGUCCUGAACAACCCCUACUCUGAAGCAGAGCAGCCACCUCCAUCCGGGCGUCAGUCCCCGACCAAGAACACGGCCAACGGGAGCCCUUCCAAAUGCCCGCGGUUCGUGAAGAUCAAGAACUGGGAGACGGGCUCUGUGCUCCACGACACCCUGCACCUCAAGACUGCCAUGGCCACCGCCUGCACCGAGCAGAUCUGCAUGGGCUCAGUGAUGACCCCCAGCCCUCACAUCCGCAAGUCAGAGGACACCAGGACAAAGGAGGAGGUGCUCCUGUUGGCCAAGGACUUCAUUGACCAGUACUACUCCUCCAUAAAGAGAUCCGGCUCCAAGGCCCACAUGGAAAGGCUGGAGGAGGUGACCAAGGAGAUUGAAGCCACUGACACCUACCAGCUGCGGGACACCGAGCUCAUCUACGGAGCCAAGCACGCCUGGAGGAACGCAGCCCGCUGCGUGGGCAGGAUCCAGUGGUCCAAGCUGCAGGUGUUUGAUGCCCGGGACUGCACCACAGCCCACGGGAUGUUCAACUACAUCUGUAACCACAUCAAAUAUGCCACCAACAAAGGGAACCUCAGGUCUGCCAUCACCAUCUUCCCGCAGCGGACGGACAGCAAGCACGACUUCCGCAUCUGGAACGCCCAGCUCAUCCGCUACGCCGGCUACAAGCAGCCCGACGGCACCAUCCUGGGAGACCCUGCCAACGUGGAGCUCACAGAGAUCUGCAUCCAGCAAGGCUGGAAGGCGCCGUACGGACGCUUUGAUAUCCUGCCUCUGCUCCUCCAAGCCAACGGCAACGAUCCAGAGCUCUUCGAAAUCCCCCCGGAGCUCGUGCUGGAAGUGCCCAUCCGGCACCCCAAGUUUGAGUGGUUCAAGGACCUGGGGCUGAAGUGGUAUGGUCUGCCAGCAGUUUCCAACAUGCUCCUGGAGAUCGGGGGCCUGGAGUUCUCCGCCUGCCCCUUCAGCGGUUGGUACAUGGGCACCGAGAUCGGGGUCCGGGACUACUGCGACAACUCCCGCUACAACAUCCUGGAGCAAGUGGCCAAGAAAAUGAAUCUGGACAUGAGGAAAACCUCCUCGCUGUGGAAGGACCAGGCCCUGGUGGAGAUCAACAUUGCUGUGCUGUACAGCUUCCAGAGUGACAAGGUGACCAUCGUGGAUCACCACUCGGCCACGGAGUCCUUCAUCAAGCACAUGGAGAACGAGUACCGGUGCCGUGGGGGCUGUCCUGCCGACUGGGUGUGGAUUGUCCCGCCCAUGUCUGGCAGCAUCACCCCAGUUUUCCACCAGGAAAUGCUCAACUACCGCCUCACACCCUCCUUUGAGUACCAGCCGGACCCCUGGAACACCCACGUCUGGAAAGGGGUCAAUGGGACACCCACCAAGAAGAGGGCCAUUGGAUUUAAGAAGUUAGCAAAGGCUGUGAAGUUCUCAGCCAAGCUGAUGGGACAGGCCAUGGCCAAGAGGGUCAAGGCCACCAUCCUGUACGCCACGGAGACGGGGAAGUCCCAGGUCUAUGCAAAAACUCUGUGUGAAAUCUUCAAACACGCUUUCGAUGCCAAGGUGAUGUCCAUGGACGAGUACGACGUCGUGCACCUGGAGCACGAAACCAUGGUCCUGGUGGUCACCAGCACCUUUGGCAACGGGGACCCCCCCGAGAACGGAGAGAAAUUUGGCUGUGCGUUGAUGGAGAUGAAGAAUCCCAACUCCCACCUGGAGGAGAGGAAGAGCUACAAGGUCCGUUUCAACAGCGUCUCCUCUUACUCGGACGCUCGGAAAUCCUCCAGUGAUGGCCCUGAUUCCAGGGACAACUUUGAGAGCACGGGGCCUCUGGCUAACGUCAGGUUCUCCGUGUUUGGGCUGGGCUCACGUGCCUACCCCCACUUCUGCGCCUUCGCCCGGGCCGUGGACACGCUCCUGGAGGAGCUGGGCGGGGAGAGGAUCCUCCGCAUGGGAGAGGGGGACGAGCUCUGCGGCCAGGAGGAGUCCUUCAGGACCUGGGCCAAGAAGGUCUUCAAGGCAGCGUGUGACGUGUUCUGCGUGGGGGACGACGUCAACAUCGAGAAAGCAAACAACUCCCUCAUCAGCAACGACCGCAGCUGGAAGAGGAGCAAGUUUCGGCUGACCUACGUGGCCGAGGCCCCAGAGCUCACACAAGGACUGUACAGCAUCCACAAAAAACGUGUCUAUGCAGCCCGGCUGAUCACGCGCCAGAACCUGCAGAGCCCCAAGUCCAGCCGCCUGACGAUCUUCCUGCGCCUGCACACCGAGGGGCACCAGGGGCUGCAGUACCUGCCCGGGGACCACCUGGGGGUGUUUCCAGGGAACCACGAGGACUUGGUCAACGCCCUGAUCGACAGGCUUGAAGAUGCCCCUCCGGCCAACCAGCUGGUGAAGGUGGAGCUGCUGGAGGAGAGGAGCACUGCUCUAGGUGUCAUCAGCAACUGGACAGACGAGAACCGUGUCCCACCGUGCACCAUCUUCCAGGCUUUUAAGUACUAUUUGGACAUCACCACCCCUCCCACGCCCCUGCUGCUGCAGCAGUUUGCUUUGUUGGCCACCAGUGAGACGGAGAAGAAACGUCUGCAGGUCCUCAGCAAGGGCCUGCAGGAGUACGAGGAGUGGAAGUGGUCCAAGAACCCCACCAUCGUGGAGGUGCUGGAGGAGUUCCCCUCGGUGCAGAUGCCCUCCACGCUGCUGCUCACACAGCUCCCCCUCCUCCAGCCACGCUACUACUCCAUCAGCUCCUCCCCAGAGCUGUACCCGGGCGAGGUCCAUCUCACCGUGGCCGUGGUCUCCUACCGCACCAGAGAUGGAGAAGGGCCAAUCCACCACGGAGUCUGCUCCUCUUGGCUCAAUCGGAUACAGCCCGAUGAAGUGGUGCCCUGCUUUGUAAGGGGUGCCCCCGGGUUCCACCUGCCCCAGGACCCCCAGGUGCCCUGCAUCCUCAUCGGCCCCGGCACCGGCAUCGCCCCUUUCCGCAGCUUCUGGCAGCAGCGGCUUUUUGAGAUCCAGCACAAAGGGCUGAAGCCUUGUCCCAUGGUCCUGGUGUUUGGCUGCCGGCAGUCCAGGAUCGACCACAUCUACAAGGAGGAGACGCUCUUUGCCAAAGCCCAAGGUGUCUUCAGAGAGCUGUACACAGCCUACUCCCGGGAGCCAGACAAACCAAAGAAAUACGUGCAGGACGUGUUGCAGGAGCAGCUGGCCCAGACGGUGUUCAGAGCGCUGAAGGAGCAGGGAGGCCACAUCUACGUCUGCGGGGAUGUCACCAUGGCCGGGGACGUCCUCAAGACCGUCCAGCGCAUCGUGAGGCAGCAGGGCCAGCUGUCGGUGGAGGAGGCGGGCGCCUUCAUCAGCAAGCUGAGGGAUGACAGCCGGUACCACGAGGAUAUUUUUGGAGUCACCCUGCGUACGUACGAAGUGACGAACCGCCUUAGAUCCGAGUCCAUCGCCUUCAUCGAGGAGAGCAAAAAAGACACGGAUGAGGUUUUCUGCUCCUAACCGGACCCUUCGCCCCAAGGGGAUGCCAAACCAGUCCCAGCACCUGCUGCCCCCUCCAGCUGGAGGGCACUGGGUUUUGUAUUUCACGGACACGGUGGCUCCUUUUCCACGGGGAACUGCCCAUGGAAAGCGCUCUGUCUCUCGUCCUGUUGUUGUGUCCUGAUGAUGAUGAUGAUGACUUUUAUUUCCUUUUCUUCCUCUUUCUCUUGCUCUUGUCCUGUGGCCAUUUCUUCCCCCCCCCCCCCCCUUCCCUUCCCCGGAUUUCCCCACUGAAGUACGAUGGCUUUAUAACCUGCAGUGGCUCUUUACAGAUCUCCACAUUUCCCCUCCUCCUCACCAGGGCAUUUUGCAGCUGCAUGAAAUCACCACCUUCGUGAUCACCCGCGUUUUUGGUGUUUUGGGGGAGAGCAGAGGUGGCAGGGGGUGGGCAAUGGCUCGGUCCUGUUGCUUGACUAGAGCAGGGGGUCAUUCCCCCCAGGAUCCCCCUUUCCCCAGCUCGGGGCUUGGCUGAAUCCUUGUGUUUUCAUGGUUUUCCUUUGGGCUUGUACAUAUGCCCGAGGCUGGGGGCAGAUGAUGUGCAGUGCCCUCGUGCCUGUGAAUGUUGUUCCCCCCCAAGCAGCCUGGGUACAGAUGUGUCUGUUUGUGUCAGGAUUUAUGUGUCAUGAUUUCUCCUAAAUGGGCUCUGUGCUGUGUUUGCCCCUUUCUCUGCUCCCUGUUCCCUGUGAGCCUCUCCCUCUGCUCAGUCCCCACUUUUGCUGGCAUGAAAGUCCUCCCCCAGAGGAGCAAGCACAGAACACACAGGCUGAUGUGCAUGCUGAGGAAAAGCUCGUGGCAGUGACUGCUGCUGGGCCAGGCUGUUCUCCAGAGGGUUUCACAGGAGAUAUGGGAUCUGCAGCCACGAUGCUGGUGGGAGAGAUUGAGACUGGGCUGCAUUCCAGAGCUUUGCAUGCUGUGAACCCUCUCCCAGGUGAGCCUGGAAAGCCAUGAGGAUGGGAGAGAAGCCUCUCCAACUCCAGCUGCAAGAGGCACCUCUUGUUACAAAGCUUAUUGGGAAGGCAGCACAUGGAGGGUUGUGGAGGCUCCAGGUCCUUGGUGAGGAUGUGCCAACGGAGGAGUCUUGAAACCCCGGAGAGCAUCAGCUCCACCUUAGCACAGUGCCAUGGGCAGUUCUGGCACAGCAGACCCCAGCCACUUCCACAGCUUUGGGAGCAGAAAACGCCAGCGUGGAGCGACCUCCUGCCAGGAGAAAUCCGUGUGCAUCCCUGUGGUGAACCAGUCCCCUCGGCGGGAGCACGAGCUGUCUCUGCCAGGACGUCUCCUGUGAGAAGGGAGGUGAGGUCAGCUGCAAAGGUGCUGUGUGAUUCUGGGCUCUGACACCCUCACACCUCAGCCCUGCUGCAAAAACCCGGCCCCAAAAGCAAGCUGUUAACACGGAGAGGUAUCAGUCCCUUUAACAGGGGAGAGCUGCCUGCGAGGUAAAGCACGUGCGACCUUGUGUGUCCUUCCUCCUCCUCUCUUCCGCACCCCGAAGAAGGUUUGUCCUCCCUCAUUGCCAGGACAAGGACAGCAGGACGUGGCUGCAGCUCUGGCUGGAGGCAGGGAGAGGAGGUUGGCAUUUGGAGGUGGCAGGUGCUGGUGCUUUCCCCCUGCCCCUGCUCUGCUGAGCUGUGCACUGAGGCUUGCACGGAGCGAAGCAUCAAAAUUGGCCGCGGCAGAGGCUUUGUCCAGGAGCUGCACUGGUGAGCUCGCUUUCAGGGGGCUGAGAUUGUCUGCCCUAAGCCAAAGUCAGAACAAAAAACAGCUGCAGGAGGUUUGCUGCUCUCCCAGCCCACGGAACAAGCCGUGCUGGCUCCCCAGCCUCGGGCUGUGCGGUUAUUCCCACCCUCAUCCAAGACCUUCUGCCCUCUCCUUCCUCUUGCCUGGCUGCAUCUCCACGUGCCGUGACCAUCUUCUGCAACUUCGACUCCCUGAAUGCUUGAAGGAACUCCAGCCCAAAAUCCGGGAGCGAAAAGCCUCCAGGCACCGGGAGGAUUUGAGAUCCAGGCCUCGUUUUUGCUGGUCCCAGUACGAAACGCGAAGGAAUGCUGCCACAGUGUGGCCAGAGCCGAGCUCGCCGGGCUGGCAGGGCUGGCAACAGGGCAGGGAGCCAGGGGCACAGCCAGCUUUGUGUCAGCCCCCCCCCGGGCACUUGGUGACCUGGGGGUGAAGGCAGGGCAGGGCAGGGAAAAGGGCAGCCCACGGUGCAUCUCUCUGGGUUGUGCCCUAAAGCCAGGGCGGGCAGUGGGAUGGGGGUCCCUUUGCUGAGUCCCUCUGCUGCUGGGAUGGGGGAGUUUGGGCAGAGGAACUGUUUGUGGGGACAGCUCCCAGGCCCCAGAGCCUGGUCCUGCCCCCCGACCCUCUGGCUGCAGAAACACAGCUAAAGGAAUAAAAUCAAACUCAUCCUUU